CUUGGCGAGGGGGGAGGGUCUCCCGGAUCUGGUGUUAGGGUGAGGGUGGGGGGACGGGUGUUUGGCGCGAGGCCCCACUUUUGAGUCGUCUUACCGCAGGAACCAGAGACCGCGGGAGGGGCCGGGAACCGUUAGGGAGACAAGGACGUGCUUGGUAGCUGGGUGCCGAAAGCCCCAGUCACCCCCUACGGCCACAAGGCCCAGGGGCCAGACGGCCUCUUCACAGCGUCAACCGCCAGGGCACGUUCCCUUCCACGCCAUUUCACUCUUGAGGGCUCUUUCCUCACAGACCCCGCACAGUCCUGCGGCCGCAGGGGCAGCCGCCGCCGCCCGAAAGGGAGCCGCCACCCUAGGAGCUCUCGCUUCCCUGGACGUCAUGUGACUUGGCGAGGUGACUCGCAUGCCCUCUGAAACAAGGCUACAGACGAUGGAACCAGAGAAUCUUAUCUCGGACUGACCAAAGACCCAGGGUUAGCUAAGUUCACUCUCCCUUCAGAAGGGGAGCCGCUUCGCCUUCCCCAGGAAGGCGCGACCGGAAGGGGCGGGGCUUCCGCCCGCACCUGGGCUUCCGCUACCAUGGCUUCUCGAGGGGUCGUGGGCAUUUUCUUCCUCUCUGCUGUCCCCCUCUUGUGUCUGGAGCUCCGGCGUGGGAUCCCAGAUAUAGGAAUUAAAGAUUUCAUUUUGCUGUGUGGCCGGAUUUUCUUACUGCUUGCUCUUCUUACUUUAAUUAUUUCUGUGACUACCUCAUGGCUUAACUCAUUUAAAUCUCCCCAAGUUUAUCUGAGAGAAGAAGAAGAAGAGAAGAAUGAGAAAAGGCAAAAACUUGUGAGAAAAAAGCAACAGGAGGCACAGGGUGAAAAGGCCAACAGAUACAUAGAGAACGUUUUAAAACCUCACCAGGAAAUGAAAUUGAAAAAACUGGAGGAACGCUUCUAUCAGAUGACGGGUGAAACCUGGAAGUUAAGCAAUGGUCACAAACUUGGGGGUGAUGAAGAUUCGGUGCUUGAACGUGCAAGUCAGACAUCUUUUAAAACAUCAAACAGAGAAGCAGCAAAGAGACAGAACUUGCCUAAGCCUUUAACCGAAGUGCCACCACCUGCUGAACAGCCCACGUGGAAGGAGGUUUUUGAUUUACCUGAAGAACCAUCUGAAACAGCCAAAGAAGUAGUUACUGUUGCUUUCCGAUGUCCUAGUGGGCGUGUCCUGAGGAGAAGAUUUUUUAAGUCUUGCAGUUCCCAGGUCUUACUGGACUGGAUGAUGAGGCUCGGGUACCACACGUCCCUGUAUAGCCUUUCCACUUCCUUCCCCAGAAGGCCCGUGGCAGUGGCGGGAGGCUUGUCCCUGGGGGACGUGGGGAUUACCGUGGAUACUGUGCUCAACCUGGAAGAGAAAGAGCAGAGCAACUAGGAGAGUGACGAGAACUACGUGUUCUACGCAAAAUCAGUUAUGCCGUGACCUUUCAGGACAAUAAAGGCUUCACAUUAAACUC